UUUUUUCUUUUCCUUCGUCAUUUGGGAAAGGAAGAUUUCACGAUGUAAUGGAAAUGCGAAAUUGUAAAUUUCCGAUCUUGCGGUUCAUUGAAACGAUUCCGCCGUUUCUCUGUUGUUAUUGCCGCUCUUCGUUCCCUCAAUGCGGUAGCUCAUGCUAGGUGCUCGAUGAAAUGUUUCCGAAGAGUCGGGUUUGUUUUGUUGACCGGUACUUUUGGCAGAGCAUGCUUUCCCAUUCUGUAUAAAUGCGAUCCCUAGGUGGAUAUUGGGUCGUAAUGGUUGAGCCUGAAUUCGGGUUUUGCUUUCGAGACAAAUCAUGAUCGAUGUCCUUUGCCAAUGCUCGUGUUGAUGCUAUAUCUCACAGGGAACUGGUUGAGACAGCUCAUGUCUAGCGCUAGCAGGAGGAGAUGCCUCCUGCUUUUGGAGAAAUGCAAGACCAUGCGACACUUGAGAGAAGCUCAUGGACAGGUGAUCGCAUGUGGGCUUGGGGGUAACAGCUUUGCACUAAGCAGACUCGUAGCUUUUUGUGCAGACCCCCGUCAUGGAAGCCUUCAUUAUGCAUGGGAACUUUUCCAACGGAUUCAAAUGCCCACCAUCUGUAUCUACAACACCAUUAUCAAAGCUUUCUUGCUCAAUAACGAAUUUUUCAGUACCAUGAGCAUGUACAAUAGGUUGUUGAUAAGCGGUUUUUGUCCCGAUAAUUACACAAUUCCUUAUGUACUGAAGGCUUGUGCAAAGCUGCAUGACCAUUAUCUAGGAGAUUCUGUUCACGGGCAUGGGUUAAAACUGGGACUUCUGUCAGAUAUUUUUGUGGGCAAUAGCUUGGUCUCUAUGUACUGUGAGCAUAAACUUAUGAGAGCAGCGAGAAAGGUGUUUGAUGAAAUUCCUAGGCGGUGUGUUAUUUCAUGGACGAUAAUGAUUUCUGCAUAUUCAAAAGUGGGAGAUGUGGAUAGUGCAAGGGUGUUGUUUGAUGAGGUUACUGAGAAGGAUAAAGGGAUAUGGGGUGCUAUGAUUUCUGGAUAUGUACAGAAUGGUUGUUUCAAGGAAGGACUGUACAUGUUUCGCUUGAUGCAGUUGAAUGGUGUUGAGCCUGAUGAGUCGGUGCUGGUUAGCACACUCUCUGCUUGCGCUCACUUGGGGGCUCUGGAUACUGGUAUUUGGAUUCACAGGUUUGUCAACCGGUUUUGGUUGACGUUGAGUUCUCGACUGUGUACCGGUCUCAUAGAUAUGUAUGCCAAAUGUGGGUAUAUAGACAUAGCCAAGAAACUGUUUGAUGCAAUGCCAGAAAAAGAUAAUAUUUGCUGGAAUGCUAUGAUUUCGGGUUAUGCAGUUAAUGGCCAUGGAGUGAGUGCACUCAAGCUGUUUACAGAGAUGGAGAAUGGUGGCGUUCGACCAGAUGACAUCACAUUCAUAUCCAUCUUCACUGCAUGCAACCAUUCAGGUUUGCCACGUGAAGGUCUGAGGCUGUUGUAUAAAAUGUUGACAGAGUACAAAAUUGAGCCUAAGAGUGAACACUAUGGUUGCUUAGUUGACCUCCUCUGCCAAGCAGGGUAUCUGGAAGUUGCAAAGGAAACACUCCUGAAAGUUCCAAGGAGUGGCCCGUUUGAAGAAGCUAUUGCUUGGAGAGCUUUACUUCAAGCUUGCUGUAAGCAAGGAAACUCACAGAUGGCUGAGUUUGCAGCUGAGAGACUUGUGCAGCUGGAAUGUCACAGUGGAGCAUACGUUCUACUUUCUAACUUAUAUGCUGUUGCUGGAAAGCAAGAUGAAGUUCGAAGAAUAAGAAAGUUGAUGACAAGCAGAGGAGUUUACAAGGCACCUGGUUGCAGCUCACUUCAACUUAAUGGGGAUGUUUAUGAAUUCAUAGCUGGAGAGAAAACACACCCUGAGAUGAGUAGGAUAUAUAGUACUUUGGACAAGUUGAAUAAGCAGUUGGACUGCUGAAGGUUGCAGCCCUUUUCC